AAGUAGACGGCUGAAAAUGGACGCUAAAAAACUGUUGCUGAUGUUCUACGUUAUCUCCUCCGUAACGGGAACAAACAUUGAUGAGAAUUUCGUCACGCUCUCGAAACCGCCUUCGAAGCUUUCCUGCAUGGCACAAGCAGUGCGCGCGCAGCUGUAUUCGCUCAAGACCAAGUUGGGGGUCGCCUACUUCAGGGGGGCAGUGUCUGAGACGAUGUAUGGGCGCCUCGGCGUGUGGGCAGACUUGGGUGUCGGAGGCGACGUUGUUUCUUGCGCUGAGCGAGCUGCCAGAGGAAAACUGGCGACAUUCCUGCUUCGCCAAGGACAAUGUCUGGCUAUGAACGCGAGCAUUCCUGUGAAGGAAGCUUGCCUCACGGCGGGGGACGUGAUUCUUUACACUUCAGACCCCAACGUCAGACUCCCCGACUCUGUGUUGUCCAACUUGGUGGUGUCGCUGGCUAGAGGAGAGUCCCUCUACCAGGUGAAGUUAAACGUCACCUUCUCUGAUGCCAGCCCCUACACCGAGUUCUACUCCUACCUCCUCAAGUUCGAUGGCAAGACCGAAGUGGUGACAAGCGGGGCCCAGUUGGUGACGGAGAUGACAGGAUGUCUGGGGCUCAAUUUCACCCUGACCGCAUAUUUUGGGGCCACGCCUCGGGGACCCAGCGUCAGCUACCAACUGCCCGACUCAGCUGUACUGCAGGUCGCAGUUAACACCACCGCCCUCGUGUCAACGAACAACUUCUCUUCGUUGACGCUCGCCUUCUCAAACGUCAUUCAGUCGGAUCCUUGCAGGCUGGCCCUGGGCUACAGAAUUGUUCUGUCGCAGUCCAGCCGAGGCGACGCUAACAGGACUUUCGACUUUCCUGUGACCCAGUCGCAGGUGAAUCUGGACUGCAACACGACCAACGACUACCAGAACCUCGCCUUCUCUGUUGUAACAAAUGGAGUGGCCCCCCAGCAAGUCAACUUAAACCCGGGAUCGAUUGAAAAAGGCCAGAACGCUAAAGAAAAGUACUUCGACAAAAAUAUUGGCAAGUGUGUUGCGAUUCAAAAUGUCCAGUACCCAUUCUCCGUUACUACCAGUUGUGUCGGCGUAGGUUCCCCGCUGACACACGCACUCAUCGUCCGAGGCUUCGAGCGCCGACCAUCGCUUUCUGCUCUGGCUCCUUUGAAUUACAAUGGUAGCGUCUGGAAGUGGGAUGACGGGACCAUCUUGCCGGCGACUGAUGCCAUGUGGGCCUCUGAUCCCACCAGCACUGCCAACUUCGCAACAUGUGCGAUCUACUACUUGGGAACAAGACUUGUCGAAGCUACAAUCUGCACCAUUUCGCAGAUAAAUAUUCUUUGUGUGCCUUGACUGGAGCUGCUCCCCCCGCCAGGCGAUGACAGGCGGCGCGAUCUCGCGGCGUCUUGCACUCAGAAAAAUGUGUAAAUAAA